CAUUCAUUGAAGAAGAGAAGAGAAGAGUCGAAAGAAAAAGAUGGAGAGAGUUAGAGGGUGUUGUUUUCUGAUAGUGUGUGUGGUGUUGGUGUUCUUUGCAAGCUCCAUAAUUGGAGAGAAAGAGAGUGGUUGCAGUGGUAGUGGGAGUUGUAGUAGUGAUGAGUAUGAAACGAAACCCACUACAGAAUCUUCGACAGAGGGAGUCACAGCCACAUCAAAGUUGGACAAGCUUAAAACUCUUCUCAAAACUGCUCAAACACACUUGUUUCCUCCUAAUCUUGAUUUCAGGGGUGGUGAAGAAAUUGGUGGUGGAGAGAAAGGAGCUGUAGGAAAGAGCUUUGACCAGGGUGUGGAGACAGUGGAAGGGUCUGCAAAAACAGCUGCCAAAAUAGCUGGGGAAACUGUCACAAAGGCCAAGGACACAGUCCAACACACCUUUUCCAAGGAUGAUAGUUAUGAUGAUCAACAAGCUGAGCUCUGAGCUUUGAUCUACUUUGAAUUUUUAAUCAUAAUUAGUACUACUACUCUACUCUACUCUACUCUACUCUCUUUACUUGCUUGCUCUUUUCUAGUUUUAUUAUGUAACCCUUUUGGAUUUGUUUGUGAGUUUAUUAUGUCAUUUUGUGCAUUUCUCUUUUUCA